UUAAGAGAGAGAUGAUAGAGAUGGAGUGGAGGAAGUGUUAUGUUGAUCUGGUUCUAGUUCCAUUAGCUAUUCUCUUCUCUGUUGCAUAUAAUGCUUGGUUGUGGCAUAAGGUUAGGUCUCAGCCACUCCAAACCUUAAUUGGCAUCAACUCUGCAGGCAGACGCAAAUGGGUCAUAGCCAUGAUCAAGGACAAUGAGAAGAAGAACAUAUUAGCAGUGCAAUCCUUAAGAAACGCAAUAAUGGGAUCAACCCUAAUGGCCACCACCUCAAUCCUCCUUUCCACUGGCCUUGCAGCCAUUCUCAGCAGCACUUACAGUAUCAAGAAACCUCUGGGAGACACCAUCUUUGGUGCUCAUGGUGAGUUCAUGGUGGCUCUCAAGUAUGUCACUCUCCUUCUUGCUUUCAUCUUUGCCUUCCUUUGCUACUCCCUCUCCAUCUGCUUCAUCAACCAGGUUAACUUCCUCAUCAACAUUCCCUUCUCCGACGACGACGAUAACCGUCUUCUCUCGCCGGAGUACAUUUCCGAUCUUUUGGACAAGGGUUUUAUGCUAAACACUGUGGGGAAUAGGCUCUUCUAUGCAGCUCUUCCUCUUCUCUUGUGGUUGUUUGGUCCUGUCUUGGUGUUCUUGUGUUCUUUGAUCAUGGUUCCAUUGCUUUAUAAUCUUGACAUUGUUUCAGUUAAUUCAGCUAGUGAUCAUAUCACCAAAAGUGUAGCAAAGAUUUAAGAGGAUGUGAUCAUUUAGAUUUCAUGCA